AUGUUGCGCUCUGUGGUUCAUGAGCCUUUGAAACAAAAGGUUGUGAUCAAGAAGAUCACAUUUUUCAAUCAUUCAAUAGUGUUUUGCCUGAGAAUUUUAAGAGAGAUCAAACUCUUCAGAUGGUUCUCACAUAAGAAUAUCAUUAGUAUUUUAGAUAUUGUCAAACCUUCAUCAAUUGAAGAGUUUUCAGAAGUUCAUUUGAUUCAAGCCUCAAUGGAAACUGAUAUGCAUCAAAUGAUUUGCUUCUUUACCAAAAGGUCUCAAGGCACUCCAUUCAGCUGUGUAGGUGUCUUGCCCUUGACUUCUCUCAAGACGAUCUAA